AUGAAUCCAAUGCCUCUCUCAAUGUUUAAGAAAAUUGGAGAGUUUGAGUUGAAGCCUACUCGUAUGACUCUGCAAUUAGUUGACAAAUCCAUUAAAUACCCUCAUGGAGUGGUGAAAGAUGUACUAGUCAAGGUUGAUAAAUUUCUCUUCCCUAUGGAUUUUGUUAUAAUGGAAAUGGAGGAGGAUACGAAAGUUCCUCUCAUUCUUGGGAGACCAUUUAUGAAGAUUGCAAGAGUGUUAAUUGAUGUUGAUAAUGGUAAACUCAAGGUGAGAGUGCAGAAUGAAGAAGUAAACUUCAAUGUUUUUGAAGCUAUGUCCCACCCAAAUGAUGUUGAAGCAUGUUUCCAAAUUGAUGCAUUGGAUGAACUAUGCUUGAAUGCUGAGAAAGUAGCUUUGAUUUCAUCUCCUCUGGAGAAGACCCUUAUAGAUGCUUCUAAAGCUCUCAAUGAAGAGGAAGAAAAUUUGAUUGAUGAAUGUCUGACUAGCUUGGAUUUAAAUGCUAAGGAGAAAGUCAAAGAUUAA